AUGGAAUUUGAAAAUCGUGUUUUAAAACCAAUCAUCCGUCUUUUUAGGGAUUGGGGCAUCAAUUUUUACAGUCUGGGCAUUGGUGAAACACACUAUCCAAUACGUGAAGGUCCUGCAAGCACCUCAUUUGAGGCUAUGAGAAUGGGAACAAUAAUUAAAUCGCAAAGCAGACCAAUCAUGAUUAUUCAAUACACGAGGAUGGGGUUGGGUGAUUUAUCCUGCCAAAACCGUCCUACUCGUGUUGAAGUGGAAUCUAUCGUUACGCAUGUACUCGCCUCAAUGGCGUUUAUGGGAGUAAAUUUGGCCUUGACCAUCAUUUUUUGA